AUGGUCAAGUCCAUGUUAAGCUAUUCAUCACUUCCUCUCACAUUAUGGGGUUUUGCACUUAAAACAACGACUUACAUUUUUAAUGUAGUCCCUUCUAAGACAUUAUGCAAGACACCACUAGAGUUGUGGAAUGGUAACAAACCAACUUUGCGCCAUUUCUACAUUUGGGGUUUUCCCACUCAUGUUCUUAGACCUAAGUUAGGAAAACUUGACUCUAGGUCUGAAGACCCAUUUCACGAGGUGAAAAGAAAAAAAGACAAGAAAAAAGAGAGUGUAGGGUAUGAAGGUUCAACGGAGCCACGGAGACAUUCUGAGCUUGUAGGUCAAGAAGUGAAAGCAAGUACACAUUCUGAUCGUAAUUCUCGCAGAGGAGGCUACUCUCGGAAUGCUUUACCUGGAGUUAGCAGAGAGUUUCGUGUUGUUAGAGACAACAGAGUUAAUCGAAAUAUUAAUAAAGAGUCGAAGCCUGCUUCAAUGCCUGCUGUAACAUCAACCAUUGAGAGCAUGUCAAGUGGUACUGGAAAGGGGUAUGCCAUUGCAUUUCUAUGCUAACUUACUUUUCUUUUA